ACUCCAAACUCUGCCUUCAGGUUGCUAGUCACCUAGCAUUGCCGACUGCUGCAAUCACCCCCGAACAAUGGCCUUCCUCAUCGCAUCCAUCGCCAUCGUAGCCAUCGGGGCUUCCAUCGUCUGGUCCCUAGCCACCCGCAUCCGCAACUGGUACCGCCUCCGCCACAUUCCUGGCCCUCCCGGCGCAGGAUGGACCAAAUUCUUCCUCGUCCGCCACCAAUUCAGCGGCAAGCUCCCCCAACACCUCCGUAACGUUGCCCAGAAACACGGCCCCAUAGCGCGCAUCGCCCCCAACUGGGUACUCGUCUCCUCCCCCCCCGAAAUGCGGCGCAUCUGGUCCAUCCGCUCCGCCUACCGGCGCUCGUCCUGGUACGCGGGCUUCCGCAUCGACCCCAACCGGGACUCCAUCAUCAGCAUGGUCGGCAACAAGUCCCACCUGCGGCUGCGCUCGCGGCUGGUGCCGGCGUACCAGGCGCGGGGGAUUACAGAUCAGGAAGAGGUGUUGGAUGGGCAGGUGGGGAGGUUUGUGGAUUUUUUGGGGGAGAGGGUGGUGGAUAAAGGGGGGAUGGAUGGGAAGGGGCGGGGGGUGUUUGAGAUGGGGAGGGGGUUUUCGUAUUUCACGCAGGAUGCGAUUUCCGCGGUGGCGUUUGGGCGGAGUUUUGGGUAUUUGGAGAAGGGGGAGGAUUGGUUUGGGGCGAUUGCCGCGCUGGAGGGGAUGUUGCUGCCGUGCUCGAUGAUGGGGUUGUUGCCGGGCUUGUUGGCGGUGGUGACGUCGCCGCUGUGCAAGCCGUUGAUGCCGAAGAAGACGGAUCAGGGUGGGGUGGGCAGGUUGUUGGGGGUUAUUGGGGAGAGGGUGAGCGAGAGGUAUGGGGAGAAGAGGGUGCGGAAUAUGGAUGUGCUGCAGGUGUUGGUGGAAUCCGGGUUAUCGAGGGAGGAGGUUGAGUCGGAGGCGUUGGUGCAUUUGCUGGGUGGGACGGACACGACGGCGACGGCGUUGAGGAAUGCCGUGUUCUUCCUCUCGACGUGCCCGAAGGCGUACAGGAAGCUGCAGGAUGAGAUUGAUGGUGCCGUGGGGAGAGUGACACGUCCCGUUAUUGCUGACGCUGAGUGCACCCAGCUGAGGUUCUUACAGGCUUGCAUCCAGGAAUCGAUCCGCUGCUGGCCGCCUCUGUCAGGGUUUCAAGCCAAGGUAUCAGAUGUCGACGAUGUGAUUUGUGGCGUCAAAGUACCCGCUGGCACGAAUAUUGCCUUCGGCUUUUUUGAGAUCAUGAGGGACAAGGGUGUGUUUGGGGACAAUGCCGAGGUCUAUGAUCCGAUGCGGUGGUUGGAGGCUGGGCCCGAGCAACUCAAGGAAAUGGAGGCAACCCAGGGACUCGCUUUCGCGGCAGGGUCAAGGUGGGAGUGUCUGGGAAGGAGGCUGGCGAACAUGGAGAUGGGGAAGGUGAUCUUCGAGCUUUCUCUCCGCUUCGACUUUGUCAUGCUGGAUCCAGUCUCGCCAUUGAAAUGGGAGCACCAGGGAUUUACGGUGAACAAAGACAUGAACGUUGUCAUUACCAAGAGAGAGCCGAAGGAGGGCAUCUAGAGAGCUUGAUGUGUGAGGGACGAAUGGGCUACAUCUCGACUCCGCUCCAGGCACUUCAGCUCGGUCCUCAAGCCAAGUGAAGUUGGAUGAUUCACAGCCUGGGUCACGUUGGAAGCACGAAGCCUUUGCAAUACACCUAAGCAAAACCACACACUAUUACCACCCCG